AUGGCUAUAAUAUCAGACAAGAAACUUAGUAAGAACAUUACUAAAAAAGAUCCAGAUACUACACCCAAGAUUGUUAAAAAUGUCAUUUCCUCGUCAGAGCCACCAAAUCCAGCUAAGGACCUUGCUGCUGAAAGGGCACACACAAACUGGGACCUCAAGGAAAUGCACGAGUUUUUAGAAGGUAACGAAGCUAAAUCAACAGAAAUUUUACGUCUUUAUCAGUCCAUUGAGCGUGAUCCAAAGUUGCAAACUAGACCUGAGCAAUUCGACUUGACUCAAAAAGAAGAAAGGCAAUUGGUGGCAGAGAGAAUCAAUCAGAUGUCAAGAUAUAUUGAGAUUGAGUCAUAUACAAAGUUUAGAAGAAGAUUGCAAUUGAUGACGGUUAUUGAUCCAUCGAUGGGUAUCAGAAUUUUGGUCAACUUGGGUUUAUUUUUAAACUGUAUCAAGGGUAAUGGUACGCAAAAGCAAUAUGAUUUCUGGGCAAAAAAGAAAGAGUCUGGAAUCAUUAAACAAAUGUAUGGUUGUUUUGGUAUGACCGAAUUGGGACACGGUUCAAAUGUUGCUGGAUGUGAAACAACUGCCACUUUUGAUGAAGAAACCGAUACUUUUAUUAUUGAUACACCUCACAUUGGUGCUACAAAAUGGUGGAUUGGUGGUGCUGCGCAUUCGGCCACUCACACGGUUUGUUAUGCCCGGUUGAUUGUUAAGGAUGUGGACUAUGGUGUGAAGACAUUUGUGGUUCCCUUGAGAGAUUCUAAUCACGAUUUGUUGCCUGGUAUUGCUAUUGGUGACAUUGGUGCAAAAAUGGGUAGACAAGGUGUUGAUAAUGGUUGGAUUCAAUUUACAGAAGUUAGAAUUCCAAGAUUCUUUAUGUUACAAAGAUGGUGCAAGGUUAGCCGCAAUGGUAACGUUACCUUGCCCCCAUUGGAACAAUUGAGUUAUAUCUCGCUUUUGGAAGGUAGGGUUGGUAUGGCUGCAGACUCCUAUAGAAUUGGCGCUAGAUUUACUACUAUUGCAUUGAGAUAUGCUGUUGGUAGAAGACAAUUCAACAAGAGCGGUAGCACCCAAGAAACCCAGUUGAUUGAUUAUAUGCUUCACCAGAGAAGAUUGUUCCCAUACUUGGCAUUGACCUAUGCAGCAGCUGUAGGAACAGACAGAUUGGAAGAAGAGCAUACAAAAUUGUUGUCGGACUUGGACAAGGGAUUAGCUACCAAUGACAAGUUUUUGUUGAAAAACACAAUCAAUGCAACAAAAUCCAUGUUUGUUGACUCUGGUUCUUUGAAGUCCACUUUAACUUGGGAAGCCUCUGAAUUGAUCAGUGAAUGUAGACAAGCUUGCGGUGGACACGGUUACUCUGGUUAUAAUGCUUUUGGUAAGACAUUUAACGAUUGGUCCGUUCAAACCACAUGGGAGGGUGAUAAUAAUGUUUUGGGAAUGUCUGCCGGUAAAACAAUUAUCAAGACCGUUCAGCAAGUCUUGAAUGGAAGAAAGUUGAAGAAUUCCACUUUGGAGUUUCUUAAUGACGCGCCAACUUUGUCCAAAGCUAAGAAAGCUGUCAUUCGUGUUAAAGAGCACUUGGAUGAACCAGAGCGUGUAUUGAAAGCCAUUGCUGCAUUGAUUUCCAAGUUUGCAGUUGACUUGAUUCCUAUUUCGCAUCAAACUUGGGAUGCAAUUAGUCCUCAGAGAGUUGUUUUGUCAAAGUUGAGAUGCCAUUACUAUUUAUUGGAGACCUUUAUUGACAGGUUGGAGAACAGAGUCAAGGCAAACUCACCAAUGAGACGGCCUUUGGAGAUCACUAUGAGAUUAUAUUACGUUACCAGUAUUUUGAGUCCAUUUAUUGCUGAGUUUGGAAGGUUUGGAGUUGUUUCGCCAUCAAUUACCAAGUAUAUCAUUGCUACGUACCCUCAAGAGUUGUGUACACAAAUAAGACCAUACGUUAUUGGUUUAACUGACUCAUUCCAACAACCAGACAACUUUAUCCACUCGGUGAUUGGUAAAUACAAUGGUGAUAUUUAUAAUAAUUACUUGGAUGCAAUUAAAUUGGCAAAUAGUCCAAGGAAUCACAAGGCUCCAUACUCGGCCGCUCUUGAAGAUAUGUUGAACAGACCUUCUUUGGACACAAGAGAAAGAAAUGAGAGAUCCAAGGAAGCAGAAGAAAAAUUAUCCAAAUAA